AUGGCUUUUCAGACGAAGGUGCUGACGACCAUGAGAGGGGGUCACGUCAAGAUCACCUCUCCCAGUCUCCGUCCGCGUCUGUACCUCUACCCUGGGGACAAAGGCUACGUUGGCGGCGGGGGCUCCGCUAUGAACGCCAACACCGACUCUCACGACAGGGGAGAGCGCAGCAGCACCGGGUGCAGCAACGGCGGGGUCGGUGGCAGCGGUGGCAUCAAUGGUGCCGGAGGCGACAGAGACCGUCGGAACCAAAGCGGAACGGAACUUGAUCGGCGAGUGGAAAGCGAGAGACAGGCUUGGCAGUCGAAAGGCCGCAGAGUUGCGGCCGAUACGUCAUCAUUGUUUCGGCCGUCGAUUCCGACCCCAGGGUCAUUCACUACCCCCGCCGGCCACGGCCCCAGCACCACCGCUCCCUCCGCCGCAGGAAGCGGGGCGGGAUCAGGCCGACGGGCACGAAGGAACGCGAGAAUCGACCUCGGCUUCCCUCCAGGCGUCGGUGUCACCCCCCCCGGCGGUGUUAUUCGGCGAAACCGAACCAGACCGCCAAAGACGACGGGAACAGCAGCGGGACCCGCCGCUGAGGGAAGCUGGAAAGCCGCUACCGUUCGGGCGCCCCGCCCGGACGAAGGAAACCCUAUGUGUCAGAAGAAGAUUUUCAACGCCACGGGCACGCAGGGGCGGCGCGCGGCCACCAGGGCGGGUAUGUUUGACGAAGUUCUCCGCAGCGACCAGACGAAUGUCAACCCGACGGAGACGGCAACUACGGGGAAUCUGCGCAGCGCCCUUGGGGUUGUCGUGACGGGAGAGGCUGCAGCGAGGGCCGUAAUUGGUCGGAUGAUUCGAAACAGAAAGGCCAAGAUGGCGAAGACGGCGAUGAGUAAAGGUGGGGAGGACUGUAGCAGUGGGGUAACAGUUGGCGCCUGCGCUCAUGGUCCCAUCAGCAAGGGAGCAGAUAGAGGAGGAAAAACAGGCGGCCGUAGCAAGGUGGCAUGUGGAGAUAGAGAAGGAAGGGGUGGCUCAGCCGGAGUCCUAAAAAAUAAGCCGGCCAAGGGAGUAUCGAUAUCUGCGGGUGGCGUGAGUGGCGGAUUGCUUGGAGAAGGAAUAUUCAAGACCGUGCUUUCGUCCAUGGCCAAGAAACGUCUAAGGGAAGGGCUUCACGAGAUCAAGAGUAACCCUCUGGACCUGCUGAGGCGUGGGUUUGCGGAGGUAGAGCCGGCCAAGCACGGAAGCACAGCGCUAGGUUGUCAUCUUAUCAAAGGGUGGGAAGAGCAGAAAAACGGCAACAAGUCUCGGGCGUUGGGGCACUUUCGACGAGCGGUGGCCUCCGAGCCCGAGAACGUGGAAGCUCUUUUUUGCAAGGCGGUCCUGAGCGCGCAGCUGAUGGAGCUGUUCGAUGCCUUGAAGGACUUCUCCGCCGCCAUCAGCUUCAAGCUAGAUGAGACUCACCGCGCCGCGUUGCGGCAGAGCGGCGCCUCGAACACUAAGAGACCAUCCAAUUGGGUGACAGCCAGCGGGAACGCUGCGGGGGUUUACACACAUGGUCGAGACGGCGGUGAGGCGAGGACAGGACAAGGGGGGGGGACAUCUGGCGAGAGCAAUGUCUCCCUUGCGCAUCUGUACGGUAACCGGGCCCUGGUGCACGUGUGCCUCGGGGACGACGAUAGCGCUCUCGACGACUUGGAUCGUGCGGUGGCCAGAGAUACGCGGAAUAUCACGGGAGCUCAGCAGGAUUACAGUCGGAUUAGAGCUUUGCAGAUGCUUGAACAAACAGCCACCGAUCGAAACGCCAUCCAAGAAACAAUCAGCAGGCCGUCAACCCCCGCCGUAAAAGACGGUCCGCACACCGGCAGUAUUGCGCUCAAUGGCAGUCCAACCACCGCUGCUGCUGCUGCUGCUGCUGCUGCUGCUGCUGCUGCUGCUGCUGCUGCUGUUGGUGCUACUGGUGCUCCUGAAGAAAAGGGAGGCGCUAGGAGACCUCGGGCUGUCAAGAGCCAUGGCAAGGGUAUCAGCAGUAGCGGGGGCGGCCUCGUAUCCGACGGGCCGGCAGCGAUGCAUGCCAGAGCAAAAUCCCUGCCGAGCACUGGUGCUCGAAGUACCACCGUUGUCGUCGCAGAGCCAGGGGUGGGUAUGGCAGAGAAACCACCAGCUGGUCAUCAUGAGCACGUCCGACGGUGCACCUCGUCGCCACUGUUGGAAAAGACAUUUCUCGGAGAGGUCGGAGUUGGCUCUGUGAUCCCCGCACCCGGCAAGUCCCUUCUCCUAGAGGAAAACAAAACACCGGCGAGCCCAGGGCAUGGCCAGAGAGUAAUGGAGCAUGAGGGGACAGCCCAGGACGGCGGGAGUGUGGCGGCCGCGGCCGACGGCCCAGCGACAUUCAUCACACGCACAGGCGCCGCGACAAGGACCGCCGGCUACAGCCUCCCGAAGGGGCGACAAGGCGACACGCACACCGGAUGUGGAAACGACCGCGCUACCGAUAGCAACGACAUUCCUGCACCCCCGGCCACAACGGCGGCAGCAGCAACAUCAGCAGCAACAACAACAGCAGCAACAGCAGCGGCAGCGGAUUCAACAAUGACAACAAGAACGACGGCAGGGGAUAAGUCCAUUGACGCUGGGCUCUCCUCUUGCUCCAGCGAGCAUUGGUCGGAUCUAUUCCGGGACAAACGGCUGAUGGAAGACAACUUCAGGCGAAGGGCAUUGCUGCGAGAGCUGCACCUAUCUCCUACGGAUGGGGGGGAGGGGAGAAGAAACCGGUAUCCCGAUGAAGAUGGAAGGGGAGGGGCAGAGUCUGAAAAACGAAACAGUGGGGGCUGUGAUAGACUCCGCAAAACGACUGGCAAAGGUGCCAGUCUCGGGGAAUUCAAGGCUUCGAUGGGGCUUAGCGCGAAGGGGGAGCUCUUCGACGACCUUUUCUGCCGGCCUUCGUUCUUGGACGAGGCCCUCACCACGGAACCUGGGCGACGAACGCCGGAACAGGUCGUCCACGUGGUUGAGGCGUUGGCGGCUUGCCCGGCCUUCGACGGGCUGGCAAAGGAAGUGAUGAUAGAGAUCGGAAACGCGGUGGAGUACCGGUUGUUGGACAAGAUGUCGGCGGUGUUUCUGCAGGGGGAGGAGACCGACGCCAUGGUCGUCAUAUUGUCUGGCCGGGCGGAUUUCAGCGUGGUCACCGCCGACGAGCUCGGCCCAGGGGAUGUCUUCGGCGAGGCUUGCAUGCUGGACGAGCACCGGAUAACGGCGCAACGCCGUCGGAAUAGCCACUGCCACGAGAACGCCUGCGAGGGCGCACAAGGAUCACGCGGGGCAGACGAGCCCCCGGGUUUCUUCACGUCCUCUCGAGAAGUGAACGAGUCAGCCUCUCCUCGCGUGGCGGUACCGGAAGACAAAGGCACACAGCAGCACCAGCCAGAGGAGCCACUCACGGAGGGAGCAGGUUUCCCGGGACGAGAGGGUGCUGGCUGCCGAGCUAGGAUCACGAGCGGCAGCGGUAGCGGCAGCGGCAGCAGUUCCGGCACAGGGAGGUCGAUGGAGACGUACCAGACCCUCGAGCCGACCCGCCUUGUGUUGAUCCUGAAGCGAGACUUUUACCGGAUACCGGGGCUGCUGAAGCACUGCGCUCACGCUUUUAAGCGGCGGUUGGACGCGAUCAAGCUGUGCGGACUGUUCGGUGGGUGGGAGCACGAAGAUCUGAUGAGGCUCACAAGGAUGUCUAGGAUCCACAGGCAUCCCUCCAAGUCCGUGCUUCUCAUGCAGAGAAAGAUCCUCUCCCAAUCUCCUGUAUAUAGGCAAACUUUGUUGUCGCUGCUGCCUCUAUUAAGGCUAAAAUGGAUGCCUUUGUAUGUCCAUGCUGUGCCGCCUGUGGGCCCACAUUUCGAUGCGAAAAAGGAGCCUUCGCACCUUCAUAUCGUGCUGUCUGGUGCCUGCACGGUGACCAAGUAUCCGGAUCGACUGUCGGCUGUACAGAGGAAGAUAAACGAGAUAGGGGCAGCACUUUACAGGAUCAAGAGCAAGUACACGUAUCACCGUGACGUCCGCACUAAAGUAGUGAGUGACUACCUGACUCAACCCAUGCCGAAGUUGCGUGUCCUCGUGUGUUUCGACUGCGAACGAUGGUUACGUUGGUGGAACAAAUGGCUAGAACCUUGA